GAAUAAUGUAUUUGUGGCCUUGGACAUGAAGCCAUCAGUCCUCUGUUAACACAGGUCAGGGACUGAUGAGGAAAGCAUGGACCUAACGAACGGGCAGGCCAGCAGUGUUAUUGCUGCAGCUACUGCUUCUGAGAAAAGUAGCAGUUCUGAGUCAUUAAGUGACAAAGGUUCUGAAUUGAAGAAAAGCUUCGAUGCUGUGGUAUUUGAUGUUCUUAAGGUUACACCAGAAGAAUAUGCGGGUCAGAUAACACUAAUGGAUGUUCCAGUAUUUAAAGCUAUUCAACCGGAUGAGCUUUCAAGUUGUGGAUGGAAUAAAAAAGAAAAGUAUAGUUCUGCACCAAAUGCAGUUGCCUUCACAAGAAGAUUUAAUCAUGUAAGCUUUUGGGUUGUUAGAGAGAUUCUUCAUGCUCAAACAUUAAAAAUUAGAGCAGAAGUUUUGAGCCACUAUAUUAAAACUGCUAAGAAACUAUAUGAGCUGAAUAACCUUCAUGCACUUAUGGCAGUGGUUUCUGGCUUACAGAGUGCCCCAAUUUUCAGGUUGACUAAAACAUGGGCGGAGCUUUACCUCAUUCACGAUGUUUCCGUCCACAUCCACCACCAGUUGCAGCACGUCUAUCUCCCGCUUCUGCCUGGAGAGCACAUCCUUCAGAUUCUCCAGGUCCAUCCUGGUGAUCAUAUCUUUGAUGGUAUCUAUUUGUCAGACUUAACAUACAUUGAUUCAGCGUACCCAUCAACUGGCAGCAUUCUAGAAAAUGAACAAAGAUCAAAUUUAAUGAAUAACAUCCUUCGAAUAAUUUCUGAUUUACAGCAGUCCUGUGAAUAUGCAAUCCCCCUGCCUCACUUAGAUUAUUUUAUUAAAAUGUUUCUUUUUUGUGAGAAAAUGCAUGACUUUAAUAUUAUUUUGUCAAAUGUUGAUCAUUUUAUGUGUUUUGUCUUUUUAAAAUUCAGGCUUUCAUUAAAGAUAGAGCCAGGGACAAGCACACCUCGUUCUGCUGCUUCCAGGGAAGAUUUAGUAGGUCCUGAAGUAGGAGCAUCCCCACAGAGUGGAAGGAAAAGUGUGGCAGCCGAAGGAGCCCUACUGCCCCAGACGCCCCCCUCCCCUCGGAACCUGAUUCCACACGGACAUAGGAAGUGCCACAGCUUGGGUUAUAAUUUCAUUCAUAAAAUGAACACAGCAGAGUUCAAGAGUGCCACGUUCCCAAAUGCGGGGCCGAGGCAUCUGUUAGACGACAGCGUCAUGGAGCCCCAUGCACCAUCUCGAGGCCAAGCUGAAAGUUCUACUCUUUCCAGUGGAAUAUCAAUAGGUGAGAAAUACUUGAUGACUACUGUAGACAAAAGCCCUUAUGUGUUCUUUUCUUCAUUUUAUUGUUAUAGUUCUGCGGAAUCAGAAGAUUUGGCAGUACAUUUAUAUCCAGGAGCUGUUACUAUUCAAGGUGUUCUCAGGAGAAAAACCUUGUUAAAAGAAGGCAAAAAACCUACAGUAGCCUCUUGGACAAAAUACUGGGUAGCUUUGUGUGGGACACAACUUUUUUACUAUGCUGCCAAAUCUCUAAAAGCUACAGAAAGAAAACAUUUCAAAUCAACAUCAAAUAAGAACGUAUCUGUGGUAGGAUGGAUGGUGAUGAUGGCUGAUGACCCGGAACAUCCAGAUCUCUUCCUGCUGACUGACUCUGAGAAAGAUCGGGUCAGCAAGGGAAGCAUCGGGGGAUCCGCCCGAGCCGCGAGCGGCCGCGCCGAGGAGCCGAGCUGGCAGCCGGGCCGCAGCCGGUCCUGGGCGUCCGGGCUCGGGAGCUCGCCCGCCUUGGCUGGAGGCGGGUCACGGGGCCUCCUCUGGCUGCUGCGGAGCGACCGCAGUAACUGCUCGCAACAACAUGGCUCCGCGUGGAGGACGCUGCCGCAGAGCGUCUGCGACCCCCUGUCCUCCCCUCUAGCAACAGCACGACGUUGCGAAGCGACAGGGGCAAAGCUGUUCUGUAUUUGGAUACCUAGGUGGGGCCACUCCCCCCCAGUCCACCCCGGCCCCACCACUCCCUGCCGUCCUCCGACUGGCAUUUCCUCACCCGCCUGGGAGCGGAGCGGGCCCCGCGGGCGACAGGGCAAGGACGGAAAGAACCCGGGUCCGCAGUGCCGGCUCGCGCUGCCGAAUUCACGCAACCCUGGGAGAGCCGUAGCUCUGGGCCUCAGGAGAGGAAGGGGACCGGAAGACGAAACCCCCGCGCCCAGCCCGGGCGCGCCGGCUGUGUCCCUCCCUCCUCGGGCUGGGCCUGCCCGGAGCUGCCUCCGCCCCGAGUCCCCGGGAGCAGCCCUGGCACACAGGGGGCGCCCUGUCCCUCACUUCGGCAAACCAGCCCCAGGCCCUGCGGUUCUGAGUCCAGGGCGAGGCUGGCCCGGCCUCCCCGCCCCGCGGGGUCGCUGUCCCGCCGCAGGCCCUGGCGGCGACCGCUCGCGCUGCUCCCGGGCCCGUCCUGCGUCUGCUGACAGCGCCCCCCGAGCUCUUCAGAGACGCCGGGUUCUCGUGCUCCAGCUUACGAAGAGCAGCUCCUUGAACUGCUGCCCGUGGCUGCCUUGCGACAUCUUAAUUAUCCGUGUGCUGGUUAGCAAGUCGGUCCAGAAAGAAGUCCUGCUGCUUUUCUCCUUGGCAAGUCCGUACUUGGUAACGUCCAGUAAAAACCAGCGUGUGCUGAACUCCCGGGUUCUGGGCAAGAGGAGGCGGCCCCCACCCAGGCCCUCACAGCCAACGCGGGCACCGGAGCGCCAGUGCCUGGCGUUACCCAGCAGCGGAGCCAGACCAGCGAGGGUCCCCUGGGGUCACCGGGAAGAAGCGACGCACUUCCUGUCUGGUGGCGACUGCCUCCCCAUCACCCUGUUCCUGUGCCUGGAACCCAAACUCACCUUACACAAAGGUGUGAGCAGUUGGUCUCCUGUUCGCCCGCUGCCUUGUGUCUCCUCCCCAGGUCCCUACAGACACCAUUCUAAAUUCCCGGCCAGGAAAGUUCUGCACGCUCAGAAGCAGCACCGCGGCCUGGAGAGGUCAGGGGAGGCUGUGGGGAGGGAGAUCCACGGCGGGCGCGACUUGGGGCCACAGGAAAAGCGCUGGAGGCGAACAGCGAGGGCAGCACACAGAGGCGGAAAAGCGGGUGUGAGCCUAAUUGCUCAGGACUUUGAUUGGCAGGACGAAGAGUUGCAGAGCGGAAGCUGGGAAACCUGGCCGGAAGUGGUUCUGCUCCAGGGGAGCGAGGCCGGCGAGCAGGGGCAGGAGCGCCGCUGUCUCUCAGGCCCGCGCCCCCUGGCGGAGCGGCUGCUCUGCCCUUUCCCCGUUAACGGCCGACGCCGGCAGACAGCCAAGGGGGGACCGAGCGAGUCCGCGGUGCGGCCUGGGCCUGGGUCCCCGUCAGACGCGCUGGACGCAGGCGACUCCAACGAAAGGGCCCGAGCCGUCCGUUCUGACGGCGGACACGGCUUCUCCGUUCCUUGUUUUACGGCGCCGUUGCGAAUAGACUUUCUCCCCGCUUCGUGUGUAGGAGCCAAGCUGUCGCGGAGCCCGGGGAGGGAUCUGGUGCCCGUGGACCCUCCCGUACCGGCCGCGUCCUGGCAGCUCCAGAGCUUGGCACGUGCCGUGCUGUGGCGCCUCGCGCCGUCCCGCGGACAGGAGCCGCCGCCGCAUCGCUGUGCGCGAGGACGCAGCGCCUCGGUCAGAGGCCGUCGCCAAACUCCCGCUCCUCGUGCGCCGCCGAAGGCCCGUUCUCCCCGCAUCCUUCCCUUCCCCAGUCGUCGCUGCCACGACUGUCGCUAG